UUUGCCGCUCGUUGUACUCGUGGACGCCGCGGCAUUAACGGUAAUAGAGCGGUAGUUGAGAAAAUUCACACUCAAAAUCCACUCGAUUUUUACUCAAAAUCUGUGAUACCUACCUAUUUGAACGAUUCCAAGUGUAGUGCUAUCUGCAACUUCCGAAGCAUUAGAUCGCAAUACUAAUAUGGAGGGUGCAAGAAAAAGAAAGACGAAAGCUCCUGUUUCCAGCAAACCCUCAGUAACAACGCACAAUAAGGUGUCAAGCACUAGCUCAUCAUGGAGUCAGUGUUUUCUCUUCUUUGUUUUUAUGGUUGCUACUUUGGGUGUGGUUAUUUACCUCUUGCCAUGCCCAAUUGAUCCAUCGCCUUUGAUAUUUCCUGCCCCUCCUGCAUUAGAGGGUACUCUUGCACCAAACAAGUUACUGCAAGGAACUGAAAACAUUCUGGAAGGAAGACUCAGUGGACCUGAAGCACUAGAGAUACGCGAUGGUUUUCUGUACACUGGCACAUCAGAUGGACAGAUUGUCAAGAUCAAAGGAGAGGAAAUUACAAAUGUUGCAAGAUUAGGAGUCCCACCAUGUGGAUUAGAGAAAGAUGAACACACCUGUGGACGUCCUCUUGGAAUGAGAUUCCACACAGAUGGAUUUCUGUAUGUUCUGGAUGCAUAUCUUGGAAUUUAUAAAGUGAAUGUUGACACAGGGAAAGCAGUGCAACUUCUGUCUGCAUGGGACCCCAUUGCGGGUGCGCCAUUGAAAUUCCUGAAUGAUCUUGAUAUUCAAUCUGACGGCAUCAUUUACUUUACUGAUUCCAGCCAACGUUGGACUCGCCGUGAAAACAUUUUUAUUGCACUUGGAACUGAACAUACAGGAAGGUUAUUUAGAUUCAACCCAAAUACGAGAGAGAUUAAAGUGCUGAUGGAUGGGCUUUAUUUUGCAAAUGGCGUACAGUUAUCUCCCGAUGAAGAUUUUCUGUUGAUGGUUGAGACCACCAAAGCUAAGAUAACAAGGUAUUACCUUAAAGGUCCCCGAAAAGGCCAAUUUGAGGUAUUUGCAGACAAUUUACCAGGGUAUGGUGACAAUGUACGAUCAAGGAAGGCUGGUGGCUAUUGGCUGGGAUUAGCUUCCAUACGGAAACAACCAUUUUCUCUACUUGAUUUCUUUGUUGCAAGACCUUGGCUUACAAAACUUGUGACAAAGUUCUUUAAUUGCAACUCAGUUCUAAAAUACGCUCCCCAGUAUGGACUUCUCAUAGCGUUGGACCAAGAUGGCAACAUAAUUCAAAGUCUGCACGACCCAACAGGACAAAAUGUGUCUUCAAUCAGCAGUGUAUUAGACACAGGAGAAUAUCUUUAUUUUGGAUCAUACUACAAGAAAUUUAUCGGCCGAUUGAGGGUCAACUUCUAGCUUUGUAUACCAUGUGCCCAAGUUCAUAAAACUGUUAAGCCGAAAAUACUGCAUAGCAAAUUUCUUUGCUAAGAGAAAAAUUGUUGGGGUACAAGUUGCAACAAUGCAAACUCUUUGGAAUGUCGACUGGUAACAUGUUUCUGCUAAGCAAGAUUUUCUGUGCUAAGCAAGUUUUUUUGUGCUCAAAGUCACUGGACACCUUUGGGCAGUA